GUGAUACUAAGCGAGCAACUUUGAAAUUUCGUAGCGAAUGGGUAAUAGACAGAAAAAGAAGACAUUAGCACCGCGUACAAAAUGAGAAAGCACAGAAAUACAGUUCAGGAUAAUACACUGCUUGCUUUUAUGAAGAAGCAUGGAGAUAUCAGUAAAAUCAGAGGUGCAUCGUCCAAAGCAUUGUGGAUAGAUCUUGCCGCGAAACUUAACAGGGUUGGGCCACCGACUAAAUCUGGUCCUGAAUGGCGUAGGGUAUGGAAAGACUGGAAAACUAGCGUACGAAAGAAGAUUGUUUACAACAAAAUGCAUACAAGAUCGAAAUUACCAUUGAAACUUGCUGAUAAUUCAGUUGCUAUGAUAGCAGAUUUAAUGGAUGAAUCAUUUGAAGCUAGCCAAUAUGUGUCCAUUGAACAACCCAGCACAUCAGAAAAUGAACAGGAUGAAUGGGAAGACAUUGAACCUCCACCAAAUAAGUCUAAAUUAGAAGAACCCAAAGAACAGAACGACGCUGAAAUAUCGACGGUUGUGUCUGUUGGUAGCAGUAGAAGCAACAGCACAAGUAGCUUUAGAAGCAUUGAUGACCGACCUGACGACUUUGAUAAGACAGUUCUUACCGAUAUUGUAGAAGAGCUACGGGAACUUAACAAGCAAAAUCGUUCCAAUGCCGAAUUAAUGUUGGCUAUGGGUGCUAAUUUAAUUGACAUGAUGCAACAACAAAUAGACGAAAGGAAAAGAUUUACAAACGUUUUUCAAAAAUACCUUUCCAAGCUAACGGAUAAAAAAUGAAUAUUGCUCAAAAAGGCUCUGCGUAACAAUUGUGUUUUUAGCUUAUGUGAAUGAAUGCAUACUUGUGUGUCCCUACAUAAAAAUUGU